AUGCUCUCCGCAUUCACAGCUCGCCCCAUCAUCGAGCUCAGGCAGCGCGACAAGACCAAGAUCGAGACCAUUCUUGCCUAUGGCGACCGCGUGCUUGUCGGCCUCAACACGGGCUCUCUACGCAUCUACCGCCUGAACGAGCUGCCCCCUCCGUCCAAGUCCGGAAACGGCACGUCGUCUCUUCCCAGCAGUCCUCCCAGCCAUUCGCGGCCUGGGUCCAAGUCUGGUCCCGCGGCCAAGCCUAGCGACCUCCUACGCGAAGUCGAGAAGUUCUCUACCCGGGCCAUUGAUCAGCUCGCAAUCAUCAAGGAGGCGAAUACCCUUGUUUCACUCUCCAACUACUACGUCUCCCUCCACGACCUCCAAACCUACGAGCUGAUCGAGACCAUACCGCGUACCAAGAACGCGUCGAGCUUUGCCGUUACAAGCAACAUCGUCAAGGAUGCUACCACGGGGAUACCCGAGAUCAUCAGCCGCCUCGCCGUCGCCGUGAAGCGGCGCUUGCUGCUAUGGAGCUGGCACGCUGGUGAAGUGCACGACGAGGUGACCGAGAUCGUCUUGCCCGAGGCCAUCAGAACUGUGACAUGGGCCAAUGCGACCAAGGUAGUCUGUGGCAUGAACGCCGGGUAUGUGCUGGUCGACGUCACCACUUCACAGACACAUGAAAUCGCCGGCGUCGGUGCCGCGACGGCAGGGGGGCAAGGAAGCAGGUUUGGCGCUGCCAGUAUGGGCUACAUGGGCCUGGGCGGAUACAUACCGAAGCCACUGGCCGCACGACUGGCGGAGGGCGAGGUGCUGCUUGCCAAGGACAUCAACUCACUGUUCAUUGACACAGAUGGCACUCCAUUGGAGAAGCGCCAGAUCCCCUGGCAGAGCGCCCCCGAGAGUAUCGGGUACAGCUACCCGUACAUUCUGGCCCUGCAGCCGCCAGCCAAAGGGUCGCUGGAAGUGCGGAAUCCCGAGACAUUAAGCCUGCUUCAGACAAUCGAGCUCGCUGGGGCAGCGCAACUGCACUUCCCACCACCAACCGUGAGCCUGGCGCACGCAGGCAAGGGAUUCCACAUCAGCAGCGACCGGGCCGUGUGGAAGAUGGGUGCCACUGACUACGACACCCAGGUGCAAGAACUGGUGGACAAGGCCAAAUACGACGAGGCCAUCAGUGUACUAAGUAUGCUAGAAGACGCGCUUUUGAAGGAUAAGACCGGCACGAUGCGUGAAGUCAAGAUGCUGAAGGCCGAGGUACUAUUCAAGCAGAAGAAAUUCCAAGACAGUCUCGACCUAUUCAACGAAGACGAGGUCCAUGCUCCGCCGGAAAGAGUGCUGCGGUUGUAUCCAAGAAUAAUUGCUGGGGAUCUGUCAGCAGAGGUCGAGCGGGAGGACGCACCAGAAGACAGGGAGUCCGAGGACGAGGGCGGUAAUCACGGGGACAAGCCCACGACAGCUGAGAGCGCUGUCGAUGCUGCGUCGCCGGCCAAAGCAACCGGCUUUGCGAAAUACUGGAUGGGAAACCGCAAACUAGAUGCCGAGGCUGCAUCUAUCGCGUCUACCAAAAGAGAUGUCGUUGACAACGACGACGCAGCCAGCAUCAAGGUCAAGACGAAGCGGAAGACAAACGACGGUGGAACGCUAGAGGGCAAAGAUCUGGUGCAUGCUGUCCAAGCACUCAACAGCUACCUGGUUGGCACGAGGACUCAUCUCCAAAAGUUGAUUGAUCCGGCGACCGGAAAGCUGCGGCCGCGCAAAUCUAGCUCCGAGUCGAGCCAGACUGAAGCCUCAAACGAAGAGGUGAAUGCCCUGUUGACAAACCAACACUCAGAAUCCGACGAACGGCUCGAACAAGAGCUGCGCGAGACGUGCACGCUCGUUGACACGACCCUGUUCCGUGGCUACAUGUUUAGUCAGCCGUCUCUGGCCCCCUUUCUGUUCCGCCUAGCCAACUUCUGCGAUCCCGUUGUCGUCAACGAAAAGCUGCUUGAGCAUAACCGAUACAACGAGCUGGUUGACUUCUUCUACGGCAAGAAGCUCCACCGCGAGGCCCUCACUCUGCUCCGGAAGUUUGGGGACACCGAUACCAACAGCGAGACGACCAAACUCGAACUCAAUGGGGAGAGCAAGACCGAGGUGCAAAUCCCGGAGCAGCUCCGGGGUCCACAGAGGACUGUCGGCUACCUACAAAGCCUGCCCCCAGAGAUCGUCGAUCUUGUCCUCGAGUUUGCCGAGUGGGUUCUGCGGCGAGAUCCGCAGCUGGGUAUGGAAGUGUUCUUGGCCGACAGCGCGAAUGCCGAGACACUGCCGCGCGAGCGCGUGGUCAAGUACCUCGGCGCUAUCGACGUCAAUCUUGAGAUACGUUACCUGGAGCACAUCGUCAGCGAGCUGGGAGAUGCCACCCUCGAUUUCCACGAUCGGCUUGUAGAACUGUUCAUCAAGGUACUGGGUGAAGGCCAACACGAUGUGGAGUGGGGGGAAAGAAUGGGCAGGUUCGUGGGCUUCUUGAAGGAAAGCCGGCAAUACAGCCACGGUCGUGCGUUUAGCAUGAUCCCCCGAGACGAUCCGGCCUUCUACGAAGCCCAGGCGGUCGUUCUCAGCAGGAUGGGGAAUCAUAAGCAGGCUCUCGAUCUCUACGUCUUCAAGAUGGUGGAUUAUGUCAAGGCAGAAGAGUACUGCAACCAUAUCUAUUCCUUGCCAGAGUCCCGCCGCCAGUCCUUGGCCGCACCUUCAAACGACCAGGACGAUGCCGAGUUCACGCCUUCGAUCUACCACACUUUGCUCUCGCUAUAUUUGACGCCUCCAGCGCCACACAAACCCAACUUGGAACCGGCUUUGUCGCUUCUCUCCCGGCACGGCUCCCGUCUCCCCGCAGGCUCGACCAUGUCGCUCAUCCCCGACGACCUACCCGUGGCCAAGCUGGAGUCGUACUUCCGCGGGCGCAUGCGUGCGGCCAACAGUGUAGUAUCGGAGACACGCAUCGCCGAAGCGUUGCGCAAGACACAGCUCGUGAACACGCAGGCUCUGUUGCUCCUCGGGGACGGCGUACCGGGGGCCCAAGGUGGGCGGAACAGGAGAGUGGUCAUCAGCGAAGAGAGAGUUUGCGGGGUUUGCCAUAAGAGGCUGGGUAACAGCGUGACGGCGAUAUUGCCAGACAACAGCGUUGUUCAUUACGGAUGCCUCGGGAGACAGGGCCGCAGGACGAGCGGUAACCAAGGCGAGCGGAUUGCCGGGUCCUGGGGGAGACACGGCUGA